CAUUCGAAAUAGGUAAUAUUAAGUAUAUUAUGAAUACAGUAAUUUCGCCCCUGACAGUGUAAAUUUAUCAGGUAUUUCCAGUUCAUGUGUAAAAUUAUAAGCAAAGAAAGUAAGAUUUUUGUUUUAAUAAUUUUUUUUUUAAUUUGAUAUUAUAGAAUGAUUUUGCAUUUAUACAUUCAUUUUGAACAUUUUAAACACUCUUCUGAUUUCAUUUACUACGUAAAACACGAGUCACAGUAGGGUAAAUGAAUUGUUGAGAUUUUGAAAUUGUGUACGGUUUUUUUAUAUUUUUACUCUCGUAAAUCACUUUGAAACGGCAUACAAAAGUGAUGCUCGAAAAGUUUCGUCCGUAAACGUUUUAUGUAGAUAAUUUAACUUUUAUAAUAUAUACCUAUAGACUAUCGGAGACAUUCUUUGGAUUUUUCAGUUUUUGUACCUAAUAUCUACCUAUAUAUGUUAUAAGAUUUUUUUAUUUCAAAUUGUUUAUCGCUGCUCUUAAUAUUUAAAAAAAGUUCACUUUUAUCCGAAUUAUGAAACUGGAAACUUUUUAAUAUAUUAUAAUGAAAACCGCGACCAUAUUAAAAUACUUAAUUAUAUAGGUAUUCAUUUUAAUUAUAAAUAUUAUAAUAUUUAUUUAAUCUAAAUAAUAUGUUAUGCCAGUAGGUACUUACUUAUCUAUGCUGGUAUCAUAAAUAUAACCGUUUAAAGGUUUCAUCGAGAAGUAAACUUUUUCAAUUAAUUGUAAACACGAUGAGCCGAUACGAGAUAAUUGAAAAAUGCAGGCAGUUUUUUUUAUUGUUUUUUUUUUUUUUUUUUACAACAAUGCAUAUAUUUAUUUCCAGACUGUGUUCAUAAUGUAUCUAAUUUGUUUUAAAUCGACAACAAUUAAUUUUCUCGUUUCUUAGUACACGUUUUUAAUUAUAAUAUUAUAGUCGCAUAAUAUUAUUGUCUGAUACUGCAGCCAAUUAAAAAAAUGUCAAUUCAUGGUUUUAAAUAGGUAUCUACCACAAUGAAUACAUUCACAUUGCUGUAUUUAUUUUCAUGUUUGUUAAUUGUAAGUAUAUUGUUACUUGACAUGUUUAAAACAUUAUCAGAACAAACAAUUGUUCACAAUUUCAGGUAUUUCACGAAGUGACGUCGGAAGUAGAAAUUCGUGAUAUCAGUGAGUAAUAUUUUACGAUGAUGAUACAAAUAUUAUGUGUUGAUUUAUUUGUGUUGUGAUGAAUACAUUUUUAAUUGUCAUUUUAGUAAGAAACGUACAUAAGCUAAUGUUAUUGCGAUAGUAAGUAAUGAUAGAAAGUACAAUAAGAAAAUAAAAAGCUAAUACUGGAGAUGGUUGUGUUACUGUUGUAGGUAAGAAGCGAGGAAAGUAGAAUGCAUAAAGUUAUUUGAUUUACAACUAUUUGAAUUGAAAACCCAUUGAUAACGAAAAACGUUUCUGAGUGAAGUUCAGUAAUACAUAUUUUGAAAUGCGGUAAUUUUGACAGUUUUAUUUCAUAUUUUUUUUACCACUAAUUGCAACUCAUAAUGCAAUUUGUGUUAAUUUUACAAGCAUUUUAGUUUGGUCAAAUAAUUAUAUCCACAUAAUAACUAUGAAAUAAAAAAUAAAAUCAAACUGACAUAAUUCGUACGAUGAGUGGGCCACUGUUGUAGGUGAACAUUUGGGAAGGUAGAGGAUAAAUUAAAUUUAUAUCUGUGCGCAACGAUUAAUCAUUGCUAACGAAAAUUAAAGAGAAAAAUGGAGUUCGGUGGUACUUGUUUUAAAAGGUUGUAGUAUUUACGAUUUGAAAAUAAUACAUUUUAUAAAUGUCCUAUUUUUUAUACGUUUUUUCACGAUAAUUACCAUUUAUUAUGAAAAUCCCUGGAAAAAAUUCCGGAAUAAUUAUUUUGAAUUAUUUUCUGAGAGAUAGGUAUCUAUUUUAACUUUAAUGUUAUUAUCAUAAUUUUUUUUUUUUUAAUGAUAUUCUAAGGGCUAAGAAAAUCUGGAUAUAAAUUCAGAAUAUUUCUGCCAAGUCACUUUUUGAAAAACUGUUUGGUAAAUUAAAUUAUUUUUGUCAUAAACUGAGAAAAAGAUAAAUCAUAUGUUUACGAUUUAUUUUUCUUCUUUUUUUUAUUUCGUUUAAACAAAUUUAAUUUAAUGGAGGCACAACACUUAUUGUCUAAAAUUCCAUAUAUAUUAUAAUAAUUAAUUAUUAUAGGUAACUCAAAAUGAGUAAGAAUCCUAGGCAACUUUUUGGUUAUUUGGUCACUGAAGUAAAUAUACCAAAACUGGUGAUAAAUGUAGAACUUAAUUUUAAUAAAUUAUAAAAUAAAUCAUACUAGGAAAAUAUCAUUUGUUCAUAAAAUUAUUCUUCAGUUCAUAAGGUUCCUUCAAAAUCGCAGUUCCCCAUUGCUUCUUUCUCUUAAAACUUUCAGGUGCAAACCGUUCUAUUUUUCCAUUUCCUAUUCUUAAACGCUCUACUAAUUACAGUCAGAAUAAUCUAAUUGACCAAUUAAUGCGUUUGGCCAACACGAACCCUUCAUUUCCGUUGUAAUCUGGUUAUCUAGUUUCGUCUCACUUCUACUGAACUCAAUAAAUUAUACAAUGUAUAAACGUGUAUAAAAAAAACAACUAUUAUAAUAUAAUUAGGAUCGUUUUCAAAUAUCCCAUAGAACGUGGUACAUUUUUCUUCUUAUGUUUUUCCUGAUAGGCAGAAACUAUAAUCAGAUAAUAGUAUAUAAAAUAAAUUGUUCUUCUUUAAUAAAUUAACUUGUUUAGCAUUAAUAAUUUAACGGAAUUUUAAUUCAAUUCGAUAUUGUUAUUUUUAACACAGCCGAUGAACCCGAAAAUAAACCAAUACACAGUAAAGGCGAAAAAAUCGACCAGUCCAAAGGAUAUCAGAGACAAUCACGUACGUAAUAAAUAACAACUUUUGUAUAAAUUAUAAAUUACUAUUUCUAUUAUAAAUUGCAAUAUAGUUGUAAAAGCAACACGCAAGUAUUUUCCUUAAUUUUAUUAAAUGAAUUCAUUACAAUUUAUAUAAAAUCUCCAAUUUAAUGAAAGUACAACACUAAUGUUUCGGAUAAGGAUAAGUUUCUACACAACCUGCAUUUGCAUAAAAUGAGGUUCAUAUAUAAGUUCUAAGACAAGUGUAGCAAAAGGACAUAGCAAUGUGAAUAAUUCCUAUUCGGGAAUAAAAUUAUAUAAUAUUAUGUUAGCUCUUACAUAUACUUAAAAACGAGACGUGUAUAUUUAUCUUUUGCAAUUCUUUUUCAUACAAUUUAAAAUUAAUCGUACUAAAUAAGUUAACGUGUGUUUAUGAAUGUAAUAGGUCAUUACGUAUUUGCAUACUUCAACAUGGUCAACUUUAUGGACGUAUUUUGUAAUUUAAACUAUAUAUAAUUCUGUCACCUUUUAGUGCAUGUAUAUAGGUGUUUUAUAAAUAUUUUCAAAAAAUUUCAGUGGAAUUGAGAAAAUAUUUGUCCAAUGACUAAUGUUGAUAAACAUAUAUUGAAUAUCAAAAAGGUUUUUUCUUUAAAUCCAGGCAAUCCGCGUAUUACAUUAGCCGAUAUUCAAUUAUUAUGAAACAUAACUCAAUGCUGCUAUAAAUUAUAAUAUAAUUAUUGUAAAAGAUAAAAUGAUAAAACAAAUUCAAGUUUACCAGUUCAAACUAGAUGAUAUGAUGCGAUUAUUUAUAAAUGCAUUAUGUAUAUUUUUUUUUGUGCAUAUUUAAAAAUGUCAGUGUAUUAAUUAUAUUGAAGCCUUUUUAGUGCAUAUUUCGCUGGUUUUUAAUGCGUAUAAAUAUUUGCUCUAAUAACUAAUAUGAAAAUAGAAUGAAGUUCUUAAACAAAGUUAAGAGCAUAACAAUUUUUGAAAUAAUAUUUUUACUAAAAAUAUAGUAUAUAAAUUAAAAUUAUUAUUGUUAUUAAAGUAAUCAAUAAAAUAUAUGACUAAUUUAGUAAGAUUUGAAUAGUAAUAAAUUAUACACGUGCAGGAAUUAGCAUUAUGUUAUGUCCUUAUACAAAGUACUUUAGGGAAGAGAAACUAAUAUAUUAUCUAACAUUUAUACACUUGUUGGAUAUGAUAUGUCUUUUUUCACUCAAACAUAGGAACAAGCAUAGGUAGGUAUCUCAGUUUGUGUAAAUGGAGGUUGUGCAGGACUUAACAUUCCUCAAUACUAUAGUCAAAAACAUUUUAAUAUAAGUACCUAUGGCUAAAAGUACAUAAUAAUUAAUGUACAGUGACAUAUUAUAAUAGCAAUAAUAUAAUGCAAUUUGUUGUUUAAAAUUGGUAUUAUAAUUGUUUUAUAUAUUAUAGCCAACAAUGAAUCUAAACAGUAUUAUGUCGAAGAACCUGUAAGUCAAGAGGACGAAUCUAAAAUGCAAUUAGGUAGUGUACAACUUUUGUUUAUAUUGAUAUAUUUGAUAUAUUGGCUACUAUUUUUUUACAUAAACCACUGACUAGUAUGUACAGGACUACUAAGCAACACAUGAAAGGGUGUGGGAAAAUCACAAAAAUAUCUAUGUAAAGAAAAUUAGGUACAGAUUUGAUUGUCAAUAAGAAUUGUGGACUUUGCGUCCUACUUUUCGCCUUAGAAAUUAAUGUAAACCAAUUAACAGUAACCCAAAUAGUUGGGUUACAGUUAUUUUUUCAUGAAAAUGCUUAAAAUAUAAAUAAUUUAUAAUUCAGUUUUAAAAUGUUUAAGAUAAUUUAUUACAAAUUAUUUAAUAUGAUAAUAGUGGCGACUUUUAUAGGACAUAAACAGUGUUAUCAGUAAUUAUUAAUAGAGUAAAAAUUAAUAAUCCGAAAUUCUGAAGUAUGCAGAUAAUAUAAUACUGAUACUCUCAUAAAUCUAUAAAGAAGAACCCCAACAUGCGAGGCAUUAUAUAGCGUUACCUAGCAUAUAAAUACGUAUUUGGAUAUAAGUAAAACUAAAUUUUUGAUAAUGUGUAACGAAAAAAAAUCUUGCCAAAUUUCCAAAGUAACGAUGAAUUAUAUAUAAAUAGUUACAUCUACAAAUCAUAAUCAAAUAGAAUAAUAACGCUAUAAACUAAUUAAUCAUUUCAAACUCAUAUCAUAAUUUUUAUUAUAGAUAUAGUAAAUAAAUACAUAAAAAAAAUAUAUACAUAAAAAUAAAAAGUGAAUAAAUGCGUUGCCCGAUCGCUUGGUUAAAUAUUUAAUCUUGCUAAAUAUUUAGACUCUCUCAUAAAAUACAAAUGUUAUAUGAUUACUGAAAUUUCUAUAAAAAAACACGUAUGAUUUUAUUGAUAAAGUUAGCAAAAUUAAUAUUGAGCCAGGUUACAAAACGAUUUUUCAUGACGUCAAAAAUAUUAAUACAUCCAUUCCUAAACACGAAAUAGUAAAUAUUUUAAAAAAUAAACCGAUAUAUAGUAAUAAAUUCAAUACAAACAAAAUUACAAGAAAUUAUUCAAUCAAAACUAUUUCCAAUAUAAUAAUAAAUCAUAUUCACAAAAAGAAGGGUUAAUUAUGAGUGUUCCUUCAAUUGCCCUUUUAUCUGAAAUUUAUAUACAAAUUUAUGAAACCAAUACUUUUAUUAGAUAUGUUGAUGCGCAUUUAUUUUGUUUAGAGGUACAAAUAAACAAGCAGAAAAUUUAGUUAACUACUUAAACAAAAUAAAUAAAAACAUUCAAUUUGCAUUCAAAAUACAAAUUAAUAAUAAAUUAAAUUUCUAAGAUCUUACAGUUUCCAUAAUAAAGAAUACAUUUGAUUAAAGUAUUUACAGGAAACCUACACAAACUGAUGCUAUAACACUACAUGAUUAUAAUCACUGUUAUUCUUAAAAAAUAUCAUUUUUAAAUUCAAUAACCUAUAGGCUUGAACGUAUUCCAUUAAAUAAACAUAAUUAUUAACACGAACUCAAUAUUAUCUAUAAUAUAGGCUAUAGAAAUAAUUUUAGUUUAAACAUUAUUUAAAAAUACUUAAACGUAUUAAAGAAAAAUAAUACACAACUCACCAAACAGUGUUGGUAACUACUGUGGUUGCCGCCGCAACUAGAGACGGAAAUAAAUAAAUAUCCACGGUCACGGUAAGGACAGCUGGCGCACACACACGCACACAAAUUAGAUUAAGUUUUUGUCAAUAAUUAUUGUUAGUAGUUUUAAGUUUCGUAAGAGAUUAACGCAGUACGGCGGACCGGUGUACCUGUAACUACCUUAAGUCUAUUUUAACCGUUUGUUCCGCGAGCAUAGGUACCGUAGGUAAAGUUUUUUUUUGUGUGUAAACUCUUAUUAACAUUGCUGCUCUAAUGGCUUAUAUACUUGAAGUAUUCCAGCGUCUCGAAUAGGCGUCUGUUUAAUAUUAAACCGAAAUACUAUUGUUACCUACUAUUAUUAUUGUUGCCAUUGUGAAUUUAUAUUGCUGUUGUGUAUUAGUUUUUAAUUUAGGAAUAGGUACAGGUAGCAGCUAGCCAGCAGUGCAGCGACUUACUGCGGGUUUAAUUUUGUAUUUACUUCAGUAGAUAUUUAUGAUAUAUUGUUAAAGGUUUCGCUAACCGCCAAAUAAUUCACUAUUUUAUAUAUUCCCAAAUCACCACGAUUUUCCUAAUUAUUUAUUUGUGCAUUCCGAUAUUAUUGUAAUUUUCUUGCUAUGAAUUAUUUAUCAUUUACAUCGCUUAGCUUCUGAAAUUAGUAUUACAUAUCAGCGGAGUUACCAAUUAAUUUACCGUCUUCAACUUUAUUUAGUUACCUUUUUCCGUUUUUAUAAGUACACACGCGUUCUCGUAUACACAAAUACCUAUAUGUUUUUACAGAACAAGCAUAACAUAGCUCGACAGCAUUCGCCCGGCGACCUCGACAACUGCUGUUUGAGCUAUUACACCACUACACACCCAGCUGUCCCUCCAUACCUUGUACCUACUACCUAGGUGUUGAUGGUGAGCAUAAUAUCGCUUUGCGCUCCCGGUCCGUUCAAUUGUAGUAUGAAAUAUUAAAAUAAUAUGUCUAAUAUAUUUACAAAAAUUCUGAAUAAUAAUACAAAUAAUGUAAAAAUCGCUUUUUAGACUAAUAGUAAUUUAAUCAAAGACAUAAACAAUAGAACUAAAAACUUCACGAAAAAUCCCCCCUUCGUUUGAAAAUGCUGGUUUAUAGAAACCCUUUAGUGUAACAGUAAUAAAUUGUAUGUAGGUAAGACAAAUAGAAAUAUUGAAAUAAGAUACCAACAAUAAAUUUCUGAAAUGAAAUUAAAAAUUACUGCCCCUAAUUCAAAUUUUGCUAAACAUGUUUUAGAGAAUAAUUAUAGUAUAAGCUUUGAAAUUGAUACAGACUUAUAGAUAUUAAAUACCAAAAGGAAACAUUUAAAUUAAUUCAGUUUUAAAAGAAUUACAUAUACACAAUGAACUAAAGACAAAUAAUUUUAAUAAUAUUUUAAAUAUACAAACCGAUUUUAAAAAUAAUAUAAUACAAUUACGUUUACAAUAGACAAUACAUUUUAGAUAAUAAAUAAUAACUGAAUGGUUUAUAUUUCUUAACAUGUCUAUGUAUAAUAAUAACCAAUUUUAAUUAAUCUCUCUUAUUAAAAUAAAUUAUUUCUAUAUUCUAUGUAAAAAGACCAAUUUUCAUAAAAAAAUGUCUAUGUAUUCCUUCAUUUAAUUUUUAUAUUCAAUCACGUUUUACAUUUUGAUUGUGAUUAACUCGAUGAUGAAUUUUUAAUUUGAAACCGGUCGUAUUAUAUACUUAUCAUAAUACUUAUUAGAUAUGUAAAUAUAUAAGAAUAUUUAUAUAUGUAUAGGAAUUAGCAUAGACAAUAUUAUGUAAAUGAUGGUUGUGUAGUAAUUUACUAUUCUUAAGCUUUUAGUAAGAAGUAUACAGAGAUAAUAGUAUAUUUUAAAUAUAACAUUAUACGAGUAAGUACUAUGUGAGCAGUUAGGUAAUAAUUAUUGUUUAAAAAAUAUUACAACAUUAAAAGUGUAACUAAAUUUAUUUUUUCAAAUAGGCAUUAUUAUUAUGUAUAUUAUACAGUCAAGACAGUAUUUAAACCAUAUUCCACUUAACCCGAAAGGCACGAGGAAUCUGGAAUGCAAUUAUAUAGUAUAUAACCGUUGUUUAUAAUAAUAUACAUUUGAUUUAUUUGCUAUUAUUUGUGCACACAAAAUGUUAACUAAAAUAUGCAGCACUGCCAACGAACAGUCGGAUGAGGUUAGGGAACUAAUCGCAAAAAGGUAUAAUUAGAACAGAUAACUGGGAUAAAUUACUUUUUGAAUCUAAGCAUCAUAUAUUAGAUAAACUUAAAUAUUCCUCCUAAAUUGAAAUACGAUAUUCAGCUAGAAGGAAUUGUUAUUUUUUUAUAAAUAAAUAAUUUUUAAGUAUAAAAUUUUAUUUUGUACACAUAGUAGAACUGGAGCUCAUAAAGGAAAGUCCAAUGAUCUCUACACCUUUUUCUACCUAAUCUUUCAGACGCAAUUCCAGUAGACACUUAAUUAUUUACUAAUAUAAAUAUAAACUACUAUUCAUUAUAGUAUAUAAACAAUUUUAUUAAAUAUACAUAAAGUGGACUGUUCAUUUAGUGAAACUUUGUUAGAACCGAAAAAAGUUUACUUAUCAGUACAAAGUAUAUAGAACUAACAUUGCAUACUAUUUUUUAUUAAUAGAAUAAGUUUCACCGAAAAAAGUUAUAGGCUAGUUUUUAUCAUAAUCGAUUAAGCAGUUCUAGAUAUUUUUAGUAACAAAGUAACAACAUGCGAUAAGAUAUGUGAAAGUUUGAUAUUGUUGAUAGUGAGAAGUGGUUAUGGGAGUUUAAUGUGAAAAGGAGUGAAGAGAGAAUGAAGGAGAAUGAAAAGGAAUACUGAGAUAGAUGGUUUGUUAAGGGAAUGUAAUAUAGAUAAAGGCUAGGUUAGCGGUUACAACGAUAGAUAUUUAAUUUAAUAUUGGCAAGGACUUAUGAUUACAGCUAUAUGAAUAAAUUAAAAUUGAAUUGAUUAAUUAGUUACCGGUUUAUUAUAUAAUUGUUAUAUUAUGUUUGUGUAUUCAACUCGUCAUAGUCAACGCUAGCAUGGAAAUUAAUAUAAAUUCAAAUUUUAAAGACAAAAAUAUUUGUUCACGAUUUAAUUUCUUAUUUAAAUAAGUCUUUAAUAAUUUAGUCGGGGUGCAACUGUAAUUUUUUAGACAAAAGUUCUCUUCGUGCGUCCGGUUACUAAGGUUGUCUCUUAACUUUGAAAAAUGUCUUUGAAUUCGAUUUCCUAUCUAUUUUCAAUACCAACUUUUUGAUGUUCCCAUUAGGCGUGUUUUCUGUUUUAAAGACUUCUUAUUACUUUUCUUAUUUUUCUUUUGAUCAUUCCUAUCUGGUAGUUAUCCCUAUCAUGUGAAAAAUAAAUUAUGUACUAUUAGGGGUCAAAACAAAUUUUUUUUUUAUGUCACCUUUAUUUUAAAGAUUGAUCGGAUGAUCGAUCCAUUGUAUGACUAAUCAAAGAUUCGUCAAAAGCUUGAUAUUUAAAAGACGUUGGUCUGCAGAACUACUCACGAUUUUGGGUUUCUUUCCUCUUUUCUGGACGGUUCCUUUGAUUCUCCUUCACUUUUAGUUAGGGUCUAGUUCCGCGUUUCUUCUUAUCCUUCUAUCGAUCGUAUACUAUUUUUGUUCAUUUUAAUUCCACUGAUUAUAGUAAUUAUCAUGCUCUAUACCGCAUGCUUCGAAAUGAUAAUACAGACAGUUAAUUCUGGCAAUACUUUUAUUUCUUGCGCUUUAUCUGUCGUUUUUGUAUUUAAUUGCCGUUUAGAGUUAGUAAAAGUAUAAACAAAUAAAAUUAUAGAAAUUAUUAUUAUAAUAAGUACAAAACGAAUAGGCACCGUAAAUAAAAUUAAAAUACUAGUAAUGCAAUGUGGUGUAUUUUUUUUUUUCUUCAUCUCGAAUUAUUUUUUUUUUAAAUACAGUUUUGGCAAAAAAUGGACCACAUGUCAGUGAGUUUAAAAACCACAAAUAUGACGGUAAAUUUUAAAUUAUAUGUCUUAUGAAUAGCUUUAGUGUUAUAAUUAUUAACUUAAUAUAAUAAAAAAAAGAACAAAUUAGCAGAUAAUUGAUUAUAGUUCAAUAAUAACUACAAAUAAACAAUUAAUAUUAUUGAUAUGUAGUUUUAAAUAUAAUAUUUUUAUGUUUAGAGUUAAAUCCAGACAAAAUAAUAGUAGUAUACCAAAACAUAAAAUAUUUAUAUAUGCUAUAUUUUACUUUAUCAUUAUUUAAAAUAUUAAACGUAAAACGUAAAUGUUCAAUGUUUAAAUAUUUAGGAUCGAAUGAAGAUUUGAAGUUACACGAUGAUCAAGGAUAUUUAUCAGAGCAAAACAUAACACCCUGUAAGCUUCAAAUUUACUAUAGAACACCUUUUUCAACCAUUAAAUGUUCGGUUUUACUUUGGUUUUUUCUAAAAUAUCAUAUUUCAAUUCUGAAAUAAAUAUUAUUUUACUAUAGUAUCUUAUUGUAUUCAAUUAAUUUUGAUAUUUUUUAUUUUAGUGGGCAUUUUUGCGGUUUACGACUGGUGGAGUAAAAUGCCUCAAUCAGGCCUGAAUCAGAUACAUGCAACUGGUACGUGCAUACGUAUAGACGAAAAUAGAUGGGGAGGUGGUUAGGUACCCUAAAAUUACUAUAGCCCACCACACAAUUCAAUGAUUUUAAUAUAUAAUACAUCGCAUAGAAUAAAGAAGAACAUAAAAGCAAAAAUAAAAAAAAAAUAGAAGUAUAAAUAAUUAUACUACAUAAUGAAAAACUGCCUAAUAGGAACAAAAUAUUUUAAACCUAGUUGUUAAAAACCACGAUUGAUGUUGGGUCUAACAUAAUUAAGUAUAUAUGUGGAUUGACGCAUUGUGAAUUAUAUGUCUGUAGUCUAUAGCUAAAUUUAUAACACGUGGAGAUAAUAAUGAUAAUAUGAAAUUUUGAAAAAAAAAUUGUGCAAGAGACAAAACCUCAGAUAUGGUUUUUAAAAAUCUUAAACUAUAUGAGAGCUCAUUAUUGAAUUAUGGCCUUUUAUUAUUCUAAAAACCAAUGAAGCCCAGUUUUUAUUGUGGAAGGAAUUCUCAUCGUUAAAGUUAUCAUAAAAAGUCAAAUAAAUUUUAAAUUAAAAAACUACUUUAAUAUGUAUCAUUAUUUCGACCGUAAAAUGUUUUUUUUUAUUUUAGGUCACGGAGCAGGCUCAAGCAUGGAUCCUGUUACACGAGCACGAAUUUUAAAAGCAAAUAUAACACCCAGUAAGCUAUACUAUACAAAAUAUUUAGUAUAUAAAUAUUAUUACAAAAUAUUAGUAAUGAUAUACAAAUUAGGUACAAGUGACCAAUUUAUUCAUGGUUACUCGAUUAUAAUAUUGCUUUGAAAAAUAUCAUUUUAUAUGCAAGAUAUAUUUAUAAAAAUGAUGUUUACAAUGGGUGACGAUGAUAAAUUUGGUACAAGUAACUCAUAAUAAAUCGAUAUGUUGCUAUUUUUGUAAUAAUAUUAUAGAGGGAAUGGAAAUUUUACAAGAAUGGUUAAGAGAUAUACCGAUUAUGGACUUGGAUCAGAGCGAAGACGAAAAACGUAAAGGUAAACUGAAACUAGUUUUUAAGAGAUUAUUAUUUUUAGAUAUUAUUUUUAUGAGAUGAAUAUAAAUAAUAAAACUCACGUAAUUUUUUUUUUUUUUUUUUAAUGCAUAAAACUCAUCAUCUCGGAAAGUGUGAACUUUUACAGAAGAUAAAAGUUCAAUAAAUUUAAUACAUUCUGAAAUAAUAAUAAUAAUUUGCAUUAAAAAAAUCACCUUGUAUACAGUACCAAAUUAAUGUAUUAUUAUUAUUGUUACUUUUACAUAUACCGUUAUAGAUAAAAAUACUCAACCCAAUAGUAAGUAAAUGUAAUUUCUGUAAACAUGAUUAAACUAUGUGAUAAUUUUAAUUAAAAGGUUUUAAUAUUCAGCGAUUAUGUUACUCGAUGUUUCUGACGUUACUUGCUCAUUUUUAGAUUAUAAAAGUUCGUUCAAUGUUCAACCCCUAAAUAGUUUUUUUUUUUUUUUAUAUCAUUUUUUACCUUGUGUUUGGAUAAUACACCUCUGGAAUUUCGAUUAAUAUUAUUUUUCUUUUAUUAUUAGUGUUCUGCUUUUUUAAGAUUUGGACUUAAACGCAAACAACUUGUGUUUCAUUAUCGACAUCGUAAAAUUUUGUAUGUCUAUAAAACAGCGAAUUUUAUACUUAGAAAGUUAGUUUAACUUCUAAAAUUCAAAGGAAAAAAUUAUGGUAAAAAUGGGAAAUGUCCAUUUAAAAAUCACAAACUGUAUUGUUCGAAUGCGUGAAUCUGAUGGUUAAUAAAAAAUGCAGAUACUGUGAACAUUUAUAUUAUGUUACUAGUCGUAUAUGUAUAACAACAAACUAAAAAAACAUAACUAAAAUUGCACGCAUUUAAUAUAAUGAGUGUUUUUAAUUACUAUUUCUUCAUUGAAUAAUAAACAUUAGAUAUAUUUACGUUCAACGAUUAUGAAGAAAAUAGGGAUGGAAGUAGACCGAUAGUGAAAAUGAUCAAAUUAUACAUAACAAUACUAUAACUAUUAAAUAUAUUUAUGAAAUUGUACACGAUAUAUUUUUUAUUAUACAGGUCAAACUGGAGAAUCGGAUAAUGGUCCAAUAGAUAUUCCAAUAAUAAAACAUUCAACAUCCAGUAAGUAAUAUUAAAAUCAACUAGCUUAAUAGUUUUUUUCUUUUGAGCAAAAACAAGUUAUUAUUUUUAUUAGGCUCCGAUGCGUUAUUAUUAAUGUUUUAAAUAUUCCUAAUUAAUAUCAUAAAUGAUCUUAAAAUAUCUAAAAUUUAAGCGGAUUGCACGUAUAGGCAUUUUUAGAAAAAAGAAUAUUUAACUUUCCAAGAUAAUGAGUGUACCCACUUAAAUGAAUCGCCUGGUAUAAUACUUAAGUGUUUUUUUUUUCAUAAAUAAAAUUGUCCAAAAUGAAAAAUUCUGAAAAGUUAAUACUCUCCUAAAGAAUUAGUAUCUUAUCGAGAAUAUACCUUACAUAGUAAAUAGUAAUUUCACAUUUAUAUUUAUUUAGUUUUUUUCUGUUUUUCAAGAAUCCAAUGGCGAAAUGCCAUCAAAUACAGACAAUACGCCGGUACAAGACCUCAAACUGCCAGGUAAAAUGGAUAUUUGAUGAAUUUCAACUAGUUUAUUUUGAAAACUAUGAACUAGACUUUUAGCUAGUUCAUAUUUGCGUGGAUUCUAAACUUGAAUUAAUUCCUUUGAAAAAUAACUUUAACAUCCCUUAUAAUGUUGUGAAAAAUACUAAUUCGUUUUAGUUAAUUAUUUUAUUAUUGCUUUCAAGGUUUAGAAAAAUCAAAACCAGAUGUUAAUAACUCAGCAGGAGAACCGAAUAAUUAUGUUAUGCGAAAAAUCGUGUAUCACACAGACGACCACGGAAAUCAAUUUGUCAUGCGAAGGACUGAAGCGAGAUUUGAACCUGGAUCAGAAGCAAAUUUUCCCAACUACAAUAUUCCAGAAUUAUCACGUCCGGAAAGGCCCUAUGACAGGCGGCCGACGAAAAUGUAUUCCCAUAAGCGCAAAGUUUUUCCCGAACCACUUUUUGACCCACCAGUACCGUCGUUUUUCUCGGCACCACCACCACCAGUACGAUCGAUUUUCCGGCACCAUAACCACCACCGAUGAUGCACGUGAUACGCUAUUACUGAUUUAGAAUAUUGAUAACGUAUAAAUAUAUUGUAUAGAGUUUUUAAUGAUAAUACUAUAAUUGAUGUAAUAAAAACUUCAGAUCAGACAUUUAUAUGAUUUAUAUUUUGAUUGGGCACCUAUACUGUGGCUUGGUGUAUGAAAAGCCAAC